GGUCGUGGUGGUUCCAUGAAAAAUGGCGUGUUGGUCGAGCGCGGGUUUCAAGCUUCGAGCUCAAAAAGUGUUUUCUGGUGUUUCUCUUACUUUCUACAGUCGCAGUUUAUCACCAUUGUAAAUCUAAGACUUGUGAUCAGCUUAUCGAAAUGGGUUUCCAGUGAAGACUCCAGAAAUUUGACUGACGAUACUCAUUCUGUGGCUAGUGAGUCACGUGACAGACCAGAGGUAAUAAAUACGGUUGCAGGAGACGCUUACGGCCUCUUUUCCACAGUAGCAUCCGACGCGGUAACAGAGUUAGGACGUAGGUUCAGAAUGCCCGAGACUUCAUCACCGUAUAUCAACGGAUAUCAACAAAACGGACACAUGGAGCCAGAACUUUUGGAAGAUACAUUCCUUUUCACAUCAGAAUCAGUAGGCGAAGGCCAUCCAGAUAAGAUGUGUGAUCAAAUCAGUGAUGCAAUUCUUGAUGCCCACCUGAGACAGGAUCCUGAUGCAAAAGUUGCCUGUGAGACUGUUACAAAGACAGGAAUGAUCCUUCUGUGUGGUGAAAUUACAUCGAAGGCCAACGUUGACUACCAGAAGGUUGUACGAGAAACGGUGAAACAUAUUGGUUACGAUGAUUCAUCAAAGGGUUUUGAUUACAAGAUCUGCAACGUAUUGCUGGCCCUCGAUCAGCAGUCUCCAAACAUUGCCGCAGGUGUUCAUCUCAACCGCAGCGAUGAUGAUGUUGGUGCUGGUGACCAGGGUUUAAUGUUUGGAUAUGCCACCGAUGAAACCGAGGAAUGCAUGCCAUUGACAGUUGUGCUUGCUCACAAACUGAACCAGCGUAUUGCAGAACUGAGACGAAGUGGUGAAUUUUGGUGGGCACGCCCUGACUCCAAAACACAGGUGACAUGUGAGUACUACAUGUCGCAGGGCGCCUGCAUCCCUUUGCGUGUGCAUACAGUAGUGGUCUCUGUUCAGCAUUCAGAGAAAAUAAGCCUGGAGGAUCUCCGAGAAGAUGUGAUGACCAAAGUGAUUAGAGCGGUGAUACCAGAGAAGUAUUUGGAUGAUAGAACAACCUUUCAUAUCAAUCCCUGCGGGCUGUUUGUUGUUGGAGGACCACAGAGCGAUGCUGGACUGACCGGUCGCAAGAUCAUCGUAGAUACGUACGGAGGCUGGGGGGCACAUGGCGGAGGAGCUUUCUCCGGCAAGGACUUCACCAAGGUGGAUCGUUCUGCCGCGUAUGCCGCUCGUUGGGUCGCCAAGUCCUUGGUGAAGUCUGGACUCUGCAGGCGCUGCUUAGUGCAGGUGUCAUAUGCCAUUGGAGUGGCAGAGCCUAUUUCUAUAACCCUGUUUGAUUAUGGCACAUCGAAGAAGUCUCAGAAGGAGUUGUUGGCUAUUGUGAAGAAGAACUUCGAUCUCAGACCUGGCAGAAUUGUUAAGGAGCUUAAUCUGCGUAAUCCCAUUUACCAGCAGACCAGCACGUAUGGCCAUUUUGGUCGUAACAUAUUCCCCUGGGAGCAGCCCAAGAAACUGGUCGAUUGAUGAAAGGGGAAGGCACUGUUUUGUAAGGCUUCUAGGAGUUGGACAAUUCCCACCUAAUCUUCCUCUGACAUUUCUUGUCCCACGUCUUUAACACCUCAUAACUUUCUAAUUCUGUUUGUUUUAGUGUUGAAUUAUAUAAAUACAGGCAGUAUAGAAGUACAUGUUGUAACCCAAAUAUGUUUGUGUACAACGCUGCUAUAGGAAAAAAUAUUGAGCAUAAUGUCGAGCAAAAUGUAAGAUGAAGUCUCCUGGAUUUGUGUAGGUAUUCUGAACCUAGCCUAACAUUUUAAGGUUGUACCACGCCGUGUGGGUGGGACGAACCACCACGUGAUAGAAAGUUCACUCCUUGUGCGCUUCCUGUUUUUCAUCCUCAUAAACUCAAAGUGGACAAUUUCAAACUGCUGCAAAAAGCUGUUUGCGUUUUAUACAGACAUGUUAAAAAAAAUAUUUUAUAAAUAAUUUAUGAACUUAUGUAUUAAUGUGUGUGAUGUCCUUGUGAUUUUUAGCUGUAGUUGAAACACAUAGUGAUGUGGGGCAGAGUCCCCUCAGUUUUCGCGGCGUGGUAUGUACUUUUAUAUCCCCAACGUCACCUGUGGUGAUGGGCACUUGGGGGAUCUGUCGGCAAGAGGGGAAGGCAAAGCCUGGCUCUAGACGGAUCACAGUGAAAGGCUGUGGCCAGCCUUUACUGCAAAUGUGUGUGGCACCAGAAAGCGCCUUUCCCACUAGAGUUUUUUCUCUGAGUGGUACAACUCCACACAUUUUGUGUUGUGUUUACGAAAAAGAAUCUAUUGGAAAAGAGCAUUUCCGAAAACACUCCGAUCUGUCCAGAUUCCUGGAGAGCGUAGCAAUUCCUCUCUCUCUCUCUCCCCUUAUUAUUCUUUUUUACAAUUCCUAUGUCUCGCGCAUUUAUGAAAUAGGCCGUAGGCACAGUAGAGUAAUGUUUGAGUGUGAUAUGUUGUAAAUGUUUUAGUGUGACCAAGUUUCUGAGAUAGAAGUUGAAUAUUUUUUGAGUUGUAAAGUUGUGCUACGUCUUUGAUCUUCCCCAUACAAAUUGUGUAUGUUUAUUCUAAUAAUGCUGUAUUUCAUGCAGAUGCAUAUGGAAUGAAGACAAAUGAGAAAUAAAAUGUAUGUAAAUGCCAUUUUGUGUAUGGCAACUGGAAA